GGUGACCGUUCGCGGCGGACGAGGGUACGCUUGGUCCUGCGAGCGCGCAGCGCGCUCGGCCUGGACCAAGAGCCGGCGCGGCGGUCUCUAGGGUAGCAGAGUAACGGUAAUCAAAGCGAGGGCCGCUUUGUGAGCGGAGGGCCCGGUCGCCUCGAAAAGGGCGCCGGAGAGCAUGUUCCCAAGGUGAAGUCUGUUCUCAGCGGGUCUAGCCGCGUUCGCUGCCGGGCCGGCCUUCCCGGGACCGCCAGGGGGUAGGCUACGAGCUGCACGCAGCCUCCCAACGCGCGGCGUCGCGGGGGGCGCGCACGAACGCAACGCAGCCACGCUAGUGUAAGGCUAGUGUCUUACCGGCGCUAUGUUUUAACGUCGCUUGGCGCGGGAUCUGAGCAAGCCAGUGCGCCCCCAACCGGCUAAUACCUCGUCGCGGGCUCAGUCACAGCAUCAGGUGUCAAGAAGCCAGCAGUCGCCACCGCUGCGACGCCUGUCGACGCGCCAGCCACCCUGCCCCAGCUCCCUGGACUCCACAGCCAGCAAUGAGCGGCCGCCGGCGCACGACUCAGUCGAGCGCCCCGCGCUGCACGCAGUCCUUCGGAGAUUCAUCGAUCGAAAGCCCGACACCCACGAAUGACGACCGCCAGCCGCUGUCGCAGACGGACAACCGCACACCGGUAGUUGAAAGACGACGGCGCCUGUCGGGCGCGGCACCGCUCCACAAUUUGCGGAAGCCCAAGACGAUCCACGACCGCGUCUACGGCGCCGUCACGUUGCCUGGUGUUUUAGUUGCUGCGAUGGAUACGAGCGAGUUUCAACGACUGGAUAAGAUAAGACAGCUCGGUGGCUCGUCCUUCGUCUUUCCCUCGGCCACACAUACGCGCAAGGAGCACUCCGUCGGGACGGCCCACUUGGCCUUGUUGGUCGUGCGGCAUUUGCGCAAUACCCAACCUGAAUUAGCGAUAGACGAUUCCGACGAGCUGUGCGUCGGCCUAGCCGCUCUGCUCCACGACGUCGGCCACGGGCCCUACUCGCACAUGUGGGAGCCCUUCGUUCGUAGAUGCACUGGCGAUCAGAACUAUUCCCACGAGGGCAUGGGCGCUCGUUUAGUACGUCGAAUCUGCACGCAAAUCAAGCUCGAGGAGUACAUUCCCGGUGUGAAGGUCGAGUUCAUCUGUGCCUGUAUCGAAGGGCUUGCAGAUGAUGCAGACUGGCCGUUUUCACACCUCUCGGAGGACAAGCGUUUUUUAUGCGACAUCGUUUCUAACAAAAGAAGUGGCUUAGACGUGGACAAGUGGGACUACCUGAACCGGGACUCGGUAUCUACAUUAGGUGAAAGUUCAUCAGGCGGUUUUGAUGUCACAAGAUUAGUAUCGGCGAUCCGCGUCGUCAAGGGCCCGCAACGAUGUGUGGGCGAGGUGGCGUUCGAAGAAAAGGUGGCCUUAGAUCUCAAUAGGAUCUUCAAGCUGCGUUCAGAAAUGCACCAGAUGGUCUACCAGCAUCGCGUGGCCAUCGUCGCGGAGGCGAUGAUCACGGACGCGUUCCUAGCGGCGCAUGACUCGGCGUUUCGGAUCACGGCUACUGGUGAAGACGGCACUUGUCGAGAGUUCACGCUCGGUGAGGCGGCUUCGGAUUGCGGGGCGUUCACACCUGUGUGGAAAUCAACCAGUGCGUCGGGUGCACCCGACAAUUCUUCACUAAGUCAUUUCUCGGCGAUGACGCGGCCAUCCUGGCUCGGCCGAGCGGUGAGGAACCGGCAUCGCCACGCCAUCGAGCAGGCGCCGCAUCGAUGGCGUGGAGGACGACGCGAUGAUUCAGCACGAACGCGCCGUAAAAUUUUGAUUUCCACAAAGGUUCACACAGCUGCGAGAUGGUCUCUUGGAGACGCUACAGACCUCAUCAGCUUCAGGUUUGGAGAGGACACGACGCAUCUUGGAACGGCUCAACAGGCGGGAGUUCUACCAGGAAGUCGGUAGGGGUGCCAUCCUGCCGACGAAGCCUCUUUGUAAUGAGUGUUCUUCCGAGACAGAACCUAGGGACAGAUACUGCAGCGCUUGUGGCGCGUCGACGGAGUCGCGCCGGUGGGAUUUAGCAAGACGCUUCGUCAAUGGUGAGGGACGGGAAUGUUCUGUCGUCAAGCCCCAAUUGCUGUCUUUAUCCAAGGAGGACUGUCGAAGGGCUAUAUUAGAUAGAGUAGAAGGUGAUAGUGUAGAGGAAGACGAUGUACUGGUAGGAAUUACGGAUAUAAAGUACGGCUGGGGCUAUCACGUACCGGACGCGCACCACGAUCGGCUGUCGUGGGCGGUGCGCGACCCGCUCGCUCAUGUAUUGUUCUUCAACCCGAAAGAUGAUGUGGAAAGGGGCUACCUUAUCCCUUCUGGAAAGUUGUCUCAAUUAGCUCUACCGAAGUCGACGCAUGAGCGGGUUUUGUAUUGCUAUUAUAGGGGUGACCCGUCGAAUACGGCGGCGCUACGUGCCUUAACGGAGGCCUACGAGAAAUAUACGAAGUCGCUGCCGGGCGCGUGCGCGGCCGGCCGGUCGAACCCGACGCCGUCGCCCUUUUCGCGGAAACGGAGAAUGUCGGGGGACGGGCCGCCCCUCCCGGUGAUCGACCGUUCUGAUCCGCGUAUGCUGGACAUGGACGACUGCCUGCCCCCCGCCAAGCGGUACCGGGCUAACGCGCGGUGACGCCGUCGACGCGCGCCGGACCGAGGCGGCAGACCGCGAUCGCCUCGCGCGGCGAGGUAAGUUUUGAAAUGUGA